UGACCGCUCUAGCCAGAUUGGGGGGCUGCUCAUUUGCAUCUCAUUAGCCAUGCAGGCGGCCGGCGAGAUAUAAGGCAGGCAGGCGCCCGAACACAGGCAGAUCCCUAGCGCUUACAGAGCAAGCCAGCGAGCAAAAAAAUAAAAAAAAACCGAAAAAAAACCGAAAAAAAAAGAAAAAGAAAAAAAAGGGGGGAAAUUUCGCCCCAAUCCAGCAGGCAGUUCCAAGGCGAAAGCAAAGCUCACCCCUGACUAAAGCGGAGAGCAGACAUUAACGCGGGCACCGCCAGCCAUCGACUUUGGAAACCAACGAAGCAACAUUUUGCCAGUAUUUUUGCGGGGGGAAAGGCUUGGAUUUCUUUGUAAAAAAAGGGAACACAUCGAUCGGAAUUCAUUGCCAGAAAGUGGCGACCAGCAAACCUUGGGGGAUUUGAAAACGGCUGCUUGUGCGUGAUCGCCAAUCCCUCCGCAAAAGUAAACACACGCACCCCCCCCCCCCCAAAUCGCCACUCUUCGCCUGAAGCCAACGGGAAUUAUCUUCUCGUCCCCUGAGGGAUUUCCAGAUCGUUGAUUAUUUUAAUCUGCUUUGGGAAGCCUUUUCUUCGUCCCUGGGAAUUAAGUGGCUUUUCUCUCCUUUGCUUUGGUUGGAACAAGAAAACCAAAGCGCCAAGAACUGUAUCUGGAGGGGGAAGCCAAGAGGAGGGUAGUUCUUUCCUUGAGCCUAAUUCAUCUUAAAACAAGAUCUGUCAGUCAACUAAAGGGCGUAUCUGAAACGCAUCGACGAGGGGGGUCGCGGGGGGAGAAAGAGAGAGAGAGAGACUCCAAACGAAUAAAUCUUCACUCUAAUCCUCCUCCGGCCAGGCUCGGAGCGGAGAACCGUCCGGAGCCCUCCACUUGACAGAAGCUCGUCCUGGUUUGCCGUUUCCUCCUUUGGACAGGAAAGCGGGGGACAAGAAGAGAAGCCCAGACCUCUCCCCCCGCUCCACCAGCCCUGCCAAAAUGGGAGGGCGGUCCACGCUGGCUUUACUUGUCUUUUGCGUGCUUCAGUUUCCCUGCCAGGUUUGGAAUUCCGGCGUCUUCGAGCUGAAGCUGCAGGAGUUUGUCAAUAAGAAAGGGCUUCUGGGCAACCGCAACUGCUGCCGAGAGGGCCUGGGCUCCGCUAAUCCCAGCGCUGGCGCCCCGGCUGGCUUGCAACAGUGCGACUGCAAAACUUUCUUCCGCGUGUGCCUUAAGCACUACCAAGCUAGCGUGUCCCCUGAGCCGCCUUGUACCUACGGCAGCGCCGUCACUCCGGUUCUUGGAGCCAACUCAUUCAGCGUCCCCGAUAACGCCGCCAGCAGCAGCAGCAGCAGCAGCGACCCGUCCUUCAGCAACCCCAUCCGGUUCCCCUUCGGCUUCACCUGGCCGGGCACUUUCUCUCUCAUCAUUGAAGCUCUGCACACUGACUCUCCUGAUGACCUCAGUACAGAGAAUCCAGAGCGUCUCAUUAGCCGCCUGGCUACCCAGAGGCAUUUGACUGUUGGGGAAGAAUGGUCCAGUGACCUGCAUAGCAGUGGUCGUACGGACCUCAAAUACUCCUACCGAUUUGUGUGCGAUGAGCAUUACUAUGGAGAAGGCUGUUCUGUCUUUUGUCGCCCUCGGGAUGAUGCCUUUGGCCACUUCACUUGUGGAGAGCGUGGGGAGAAGGUCUGCAACCCAGGCUGGAAGGGACAGUACUGCACUGACCCAAUUUGCUUGCCAGGGUGUGAUGACCAGCAUGGAUUCUGUGACAAGCCUGGAGAAUGCAAAUGCCGUGUUGGCUGGCAAGGGCGCUACUGUGAUGAAUGCAUCCGGUACCCGGGUUGUCUUCACGGUACCUGUCAACAACCUUGGCAGUGCAAUUGUCAGGAAGGAUGGGGUGGUCUUUUCUGUAACCAGGAUCUUAAUUACUGUACACACCAUAAGCCUUGCAAAAAUGGUGCCACUUGUACCAACACGGGCCAAGGAAGUUACACCUGUUCUUGCCGUCCUGGUUACACGGGUUCCAACUGUGAGAUUGAAAUCAAUGAAUGUGAUAUCAGCCCUUGCAAGAAUGGAGGAAGUUGUACUGACCUUGAGAACAGCUAUUCCUGCACCUGCCCACCUGGUUUUUAUGGUAAAAACUGUGAGCUGGGUGCAAUGACUUGUGCUGAUGGGCCAUGCUUCAAUGGAGGACGGUGUACAGACAACCCUGAAGGUGGAUAUAGUUGCCGUUGCCCAGUGGGUUACUCUGGAUUUAACUGCGAAAAGAAAAUUGACUAUUGCAGCUCCAGUCCUUGUGCUAAUGGAGCUCAGUGUGUUGAUCUUACGAAUUCCUACAUAUGCCAAUGUCAAGCUGGCUUCACGGGAAGGCACUGUGAUGAUAACGUGGACGACUGUGCUUCCUUUCCUUGCUUAAACGGAGGGACCUGCCAGGAUGGAGUCAACGACUAUUCUUGCACCUGCCCCCCUGGAUACAAUGGGAAGAACUGUAGCACUCCUGUCAGCAAAUGCGAACAUGGUCCCUGCCACAAUGGGGCUACUUGCCAUGAAAGAAACAACCGUUACGUGUGUGAAUGCGCACGUGGGUAUGGGGGCCUCAAUUGCCAGUUCUUGCUUCCUGAACCCCCUCAGGGGGCGGUCGUCGUUGACAUCACUGAGAAGUACACGGAAGGUCAGAGCUCCCAGUUCCCUUGGAUUGCAGUAUGUGCUGGCAUCAUCCUAGUCCUGAUGCUCUUGCUGGGCUGUGCCGCCAUUGUUGUCUGUUUUCGCCUCAAAACGCAAAAGCAGCAGCCCCAGCAAGAUGCCUGCAGGAGUGAGGUUGAGACCAUGAACAACCUGGCCAAUUGUCAGCGAGAGAAGGACAUUUCCAUAAGUGUCAUUGGUGCCACCCAGAUUAAGAACACCAAUAAGAAAAUAGACUUCCACAGCGAAAAUGCUGACAAAAAUGGCUACAAAGCCAGAUACCCCUCAGUGGAUUACAAUUUGGUCCAUGACCUCAAGCAUGAGGACACUGUUAAAGAGGAUCAUGGCAGAUGUGAAGCUAAAGGUGAAACGUAUGAUUUGGAAGCAGAAGAGAGAAAUACCGUACAACCCAAAAGUGAAACAUCUGAAAGGAAACGGCCAGAAUCGGUAUAUUCCACUUCAAAAGACACAAAGUACCAGUCAGUGUAUGUUAUAUCAGAAGAGAAAGAUGAAUGCAUCAUAGCAACAGAGGUGUAAAAGAAAGAUGAUACGGCAAAAUUGUUGUUUUGAAACAAUUUUCAGAGGUGAUAUGCCCCAAUGAAUGCUGCUGAACAAGGAAAGGGAGAAAGAUUUCUUUGCUGACUGCUGCUGAGAAACUAAAUUCAGGCUGAGCUGGUUCUCUACUGAAAUUAGCAAAAGGGACUGCAAAUAAUACACAAUGGACACUAAGUCAGGCUCUGUGUUCAAAGAUAACUGUUGCACUGCCUUUUAUGAAGAUUUAUCAUUGCACUAUGGCCAGUUGCUUUUUUCCUAUAUGUAUUUAAAUGAACGGACUGAAUUCCUGCAUAAGAAGUGUGCACUGCCUGGAGUGUGUAUUUUGGAUUCUUAUGAGCCAGUCGAUUCUUGAGAUACAGACACUGCCUUUAUUGUCCUUUUUUAUACUAAAAUGUGUUUUUAUUAGGUGGGGAAAGAAAGCAUGUUAUUUUUUUUAAUCUGUAAAAAAAUUAUUUUCAGGAUACUGUAUUUGUAAAGCUUGAGUAUUUUGUGAUUUUUUUUUAAUAAUUUAAUUUUUUUGGUAAAUAUGUACAAAGGCACUUCGGGUCUAUGUGACUAUUUUUUUGUUUGUAUAUAAUGUAUUUAUGGAAUAUUGUGCAAAAUGUUAUUUGAGGGUUUUUUUUACUGUUUUUGUUAAUGAAGAAAUUCAUUUUUAAAAUAUUUUUCCAAAAUAAAUAUUAUUAAUGAUA